AUGAACAAUAAUAACUCUGACAAUUUAAAUGUAUUACCAUCAACUAUUGCAAAGAUCAUCAUUGACUUGGUAUUAUAUUGUGAUUGGGUGUCAGAUGAUAAUACUACUAAUAAUCGUAGAUCAUUGAUUGACAAUGCAUUGAAUCUUUCAAGAGUAUCAAAGAGAUGGUUAAAGAUUACAAGUUGUGUAUUUGUACAAUACUAUACUACAAGAUUACAAUUUACUUUUGGUAAUAUAGAUAAUAUCAAAAGAUUACAACAAAGCAUAGAGUCACCAUUUUGUUUACUAUAUCAUCAAGCAUUACCAAAGGUUGAAUUGGUAUUUGGGUAUGAUUAUAAACAAGUUUUGCACAAUAUUAUGAAACAAGUUGUUCUAUUUGGUUGUCUAUCACCCCAACAAAAAGAAACACAAAAACUAAGAGUACUGCAACUACUACAUCAACAACAAAGACAACGACCACAACAUCAACAAUUUUCAAUCUUAAAACACCAACUAAAACACUAUAGUAUGCAACCUUUGGUAUUAUUAAAACCAAUGCAACAACAAGUUAUAAAACACCUUUAUAAUAAUGAAAAACUACCUAAACAACAAGAAGAACAACUAAGACUCUUGUAUAGUAGUAGUGGUGGUGGUGGUGGUGGUGAUGAUUCAGAGCAAUCGGAUGAAUUGAUCUAUAAUGCUAUUAGAGAUCUAGAGUCUGAACGUUACCCCCCAAAUAUUAUUGACAAACAUGUACAAUCAGCAAUCUACAAUCAACAAGUACAAUUAUUUACAAAUAGAGAGGUGUUUGGACAAAUAACAACAUUGGAUAUAUACACCUUUGAUGAUAUAUUUAAUAUAGAUGUUGAUGUAUUGACACAAAUUGUACAACAUGGUAAUCAAUUGACAACUCUAUUUCUAGAUGGUAAUCAUAAUCAAAAGGUUUGUCAAGCUGUAUUACCGAUUGCAAUGAAUUUAACUACUUUGGCAUUUAGAGAUAGUUUGGUUUAUAGAGAUAAUGCAAUUAACAACAACAACAAUCCCAAGAAGGAAUACAACAAUCAUAAUACAUUAGAGAGAUUAUACUUGGCAACACCAGAUUAUACCAACAUAUUAAAUAAUAUAUUUAUAUCAUCUAGUGGAUUGGUAUUUAAUAAUUUAAAGUUUCUUCAAAUCAAAUCAUACUAUCAAUCAUACAUGCCUUGGAAACAAUUUCAUUUAACAUUGCCAAAUCUACAAGUACUAAAAAUGGAAGGAGACCUUAAUAUGCUUUGUCCCAACUCUAUAGAAUAUUUAAUAGCAAGAGGAGGAGAGGUUCAAUAUAUAGGACCGGUAUAUUUAACUCUUGAAACCUCUCCACUCAUUCAAUACCUUCCCUAUUAUCUAAAUCUAAUAAUAGAUAUUGAUAACUCGAUACAAGACAUCACACCGAUUAGAUAUAAAUACCAUCCAUCACUUUUAGAAUUGACAAUACAUAGUAUCAUCACAUCAAGAAAUCUUUUUAAUAUGGAUUAUCUUGAAUCUAUUCCAUUUGCAACAUUGAAAAGUUUGAAAUUGGUAUUAUCACAUCCAUGUACGGUAGCACAUUUAGAUAGAUUCAAACAACUCGAAUCACUUUUCAUUUCAAUUCCACAGGAUCAUAGAUGGUCAGAUAUUGAAUUAAUUUGUUUGAAUAUCUCUCAAAUCCAAUCACUCAUAUCUCUCGACCUGCAUAUCGGUGAUGGCAAUUGGAAUAUAAUCUUUAAACAAAUGAUUAAACAACUUGUCAAUUUAAAGAUAUUUAAAACUGGUAAAUCAAACUUGUACGAUGAUGAUUGGAUACCAAUUCAUUUUACAAUUCAACUAGCCAGCAAGAGAAGAUUAACCAGAGAAGAAUCAUCAGUUGUUUUGGGUGAAGACCAAGUUGCUGAACUCAAAGAGGCUUUCGAACUCUUUGACAAGGACAGAGUCGGUGUCAUCAAAAAGGAAGCUUUGAAGACUACCCUCAAGCAAUUCGGCAUUUUUGUUACAGCUGAAAACUUUGAUGAAAUGUUUGCUGAAGCUGAUACCACCAAGACUGGAGGUAUUGCUUUCCCAGAGUUCAUGUCUAUGAUGUCUCGUCGUAUGAAACAAACUUCAAACGAACAAAUUCUUUCAAACGCAUUCAAGACCUUUGACCCAGAAGGAUUAGGAUACAUCCCAACUAAAGAUUUGGCCAAGGCUUUGACCACUUUAGGUGACAAGCUUAACGAAGCAGAGUUGGAAGAACUUAAAGCCGUCUCUGAAAAUGAACAAAAGCAAAUUAAAUAUGAACUUUUUGUCAAUACUCUCUUUGCCAAGAAGUAA